UAAAUACAAACACAAAUCCAAAUUAAUCGAGUUUUAAUAUAAAUAUCCGACCCCAAAUGUAACUCUCACAUUCAACACUCAAAAGACCCCAACAAGUACUAAAAGUAGGAGAAAAUAAAAUCAAAUCAAUUAUCCAAAUGGAAACCAAUUAUUGUAUCCCAUUUUUCACAAUAUUAAUCCAAUUAAUGUCUACUGUAAAUUCCCAAUUGAAUUGUCCGGCGACUGAUCCGGCAAUUAAUUACCGUCCGGUCAUCGGAAUUGUUAGUCAUCCCGGCGAUGGAGCUUCCGGCCGACUCAAUAGCUCCAGUGAUGUAUCGUACAUUGCUGCUUCGUAUGUUAAAUUUGCUGAAAUGGGUGGUGCUAGGGUUAUUCCAAUUAUAUAUACUGAUCCUCCUGAAAUUAUCAAUCAAAAACUUAAUCUAGUCAAUGGAAUUAUCUUCACUGGAGGGCGUACCAAGAAGGGUCCCUACUUUGAAGUUGUUAAAGGAAUAUUCGAGAAAGUUCUGGAGAAGAAUGAUGCGGGUGAGCAUUUUCCUCUUCUUGCCAUCUGCUUGGGUUUUGAACUAAUAACAAUGAUCAUCUCCAAGGACAAUAACAUUCUCGAGGAAUUCAGUGCGUCACAUCAAGCUUCUACAGUACAAUUUGUAGAAAAUAUAAAAUUAGAAGGAACAGUUUUUGGAAGGUUCCCCCCUGCGCUGCUAGAGAAGAUGACUACACAUUGUCUUGUGAUGCAAAAUCAUCGGUUUGGUAUAUCACCAGAAGGGCUUCAAGCAAAUAAAGAUCUGUGUAGAUUUUUCAGGAUAUUGACGACGAGUGUUGAUAAGGAAACCAAGGUCUAUGUCUCCAGUAUGCAAGCACAACGCUAUCCCGUAACUGCACUCCAGUGGCACCCGGAGAAAGCUGUUUUCGAAUGGGGCUCAUCACAGAUUCCACAUACCGAGGAUGCAAUCCAAGUAACUCAAAAUGUUGCCAACUAUUUUGUCAGUGAAGCUAGAAAAUCUCCGAAUAAGCCAGCGACUAACAAAUUGCUCGACAACCUCAUCUAUAAUUACAGUCCCUCUUACGCUGGGAAGGUUCGGGGGAGUUUUGAGGAGGUCUACCUCUUCACUCCGCGUCCCACCUUGAGCUCUCUAUAGAUGCAAAUGAACUGCAAAAACAUCGACUAAUUGCAUGCAUCAAAGAUCAUAUAUGGAAAGAGAUGUUGUUCAUGGUUUGCGCUCGUCUUCAAUCUCCAGUUAUCCAGCGAUCCCCCCGGAAAAUGGCUAGCUUUAGACUACUUGUAUGAUGAUUGUUUGUAUGAUUUGAAUUGGGCAUAAGUCUGUUAGCCAUGUUUGUGGAGUCUUUUGUGUCCAAAUCAUUAUGGACUCACUGAAACCCACAAGUAUUUGUAGUAGUACAUUAAAGCUCGUCUCGUCUCGUCUGGUGGGACGUGUCUAUCGGAAACAACCUCUCUACUUCUUCAGAGGUAGUGGUACGGACUACGUACACUUUACCCUUUCCCGACCCCACUAAGUAUGAAUAUACUGGAUAUGUUGUCGUCGUCUUGUUUUGAUGGGAUGUAAUUGCCAUGUCUAUUUGUGAAUGAAUCUUUUGUACCAGAAUGAAAGACGAAUCAUAGUACUUUAAUA